UUGUUUUAGAAGUGUGCCAAUUAAACGUCUGUUAUCAAAAUGUCGCGUGCAAGUAAUUUAGAGACUAAACAGUUUAACUGUUAAUCUAAAACAAUAAAAAAAUUUCAAACAUUUGUAAUACAGUAAAGCAUUCCAUUAAAAUAUAAUUGAAACUGCAUAAAAAACGUGUGUGCGUGUGUUUGUGUGUGUUUCGGGCAGUGCAAUAGGAAUCUGGAAGUAGGAAGCUGGAAGUAUUGGACUGGAAAGCUCUUUGUAAACUGUAUCACAUUCCAGUAAGAUAGUAGCUCGCGCAACUCUCUCGCUCGCUCACACGCUCACGCUCUCUCCUUGUCGAUUGCAUCUGUUCGAGUUGUGAUAACGGUUAAGCGCCUAAUGGCAAGUUCGCUAAACAAGACGAGACACAGGCGCAGAUUGGCUGCGAUCUCGUUUCUAUCGAAUAUCUCAUUAGAUGGCACACAUCGGGACACAAAAUUUGGCGCAACAUUUGGCAGCAGCAUCUGCACGCAGCAGCAGCAGCAGAAGCAUUAUAACAACAACAACAACCACAGCAGCAGCAGCAGCAGCAAAGGCAACGCAACGGCAGCGUUGGGACUCGGCGCCGGCGGUUAUCAUCAGCAUUAUCAACGAAAUCAUCAGCAGCGCAGUAGCCAAGCGCAGCAGCAGCAGCAGCAACACCACCACCACCAUCACCAACAACAACAACAUCAGCAAAAUGGUAAAUGCGGUGGCAGCGCAUCAGCAGCGCUGCUUCUCUGUAGCGCCGAUGUGCACAUGGGCAGCGGCAGCGACGCCAGCGUCGGGCUGUGCGGUCUGGAUGACUGCACUGCCGCAGGAGUUGGCGGUGGCAGCGAUGGUGAUGGUUUUAGUGAAACUGAAAAUAUGGGUCAAUACCUGAUGAAUGUGAGCGAUCCGCCCAUCCAGGCUGAGAGACGCAACAUAAAGCGGCCCACCUCCUGUGGCCGCCAGCAGCAGCAGCAGCAAACACCUAAAUCGGGCAGCAUUCGGCAGCAGCAACGUGGCGGCAGCGGCGGUUCUGGUGCUGAAAGCGGCAGCGAUUCGGACAGCGUCAAGAUACCGUUAAAGGUCUCCAAUUUGGGCAGUGGCUUGAAGCUCUUGCCGCUAAGAGAACGCACCUUCAGCAAUGGAGCUAGCGAACAGAGCUUGCAGCCGGAGAGACGUGCUCGCCUUAAUACUGCGCCUGGUAUGCGAGGAGCAGCGGCCAGCAAUGCCGGACUCAUUGCAACUGGUGGUCUGAGACGCAACUAUAACAUUCGCAGUGGUUCGAGUGCCAGUCACAUAACGGAUGACAGCAGCACUGAGAGUUUGGCACCUGCCGCCGGCAAUUUUGCGGGCAGUUUUCGCAACAGUCUGGGCAAGUCCGUGCAGAUCACUGACGGACGCAGAGGUCCUGGAAUGGGGCUGGGACAACGUGACGAGCGCAUAGUGUUAGUAUCGCGCAAGGUUCCCUUUCUUAUCUUCUCAGCAUUGCCGUACUACAAGGGCAAGAACGGACGUGCCGAGAUACGCAAAGAGGAUCGUCGACGUCGCAAUACAUCCACUUCGCGUCCGUUGAGCUCCAUUAACGACGCUCCCUUUGAUCCCUUCGAUUUGCUUGGCAUACAGAAAGCUGAAAGUGGUCAGGAUAUUUCAUAUGGUCAUUUGCUAAUACCUUCGCGUCAGUAUGAGAAGGAGCGUAAGAAACAUGGCAAUGCAUCGACCAAUCCCUCAAUAUUUGAGAACCAAAUGGAGAUAACGAGCACAGCGGCUCUUAGAAAUCAUGGCAUAGCGAGCACAAAAACCAUAACCAAACAUCAAGGCAAAUGGUGCUUCACCUAUGAGAACAACAAUCGCAAUAAUACAACAGCAAGUCCAACGCCCGAGCUGAAGCUCGAUAUGGAUAUCGAGAGCAUUAUACUAAGUGGAACAGAGGCGGGUCGUGGUUUGCCUUAUCAACAGUAUUCGGCCAGCAUCCUAGACGAUCCAGAGUUAAUAGCGGGCAAGCAUCGUACGCUGUUAACCUUCACCUCGUACAUGACCUCCGUCAUAGAUUAUGUGCGUCCGUCGGAUCUGAAGAAGGAGCUGAACGAUAAGUUCCGUGAAAAGUUUCCAAGCAUACAGCUGACCUUAAGCAAACUGAGAAGCAUCAAAAGGGAAAUGAGACGCAUUAACAAACUUGAUUCGCGCAUUGAUUUGGUCACCAUAUCGCAGGCAUAUGUCUACUUUGAGAAGCUAAUACUGGCCAAUCUGAUCAAUAAGAGCAACCGGAAGCUGUGUGCCGGCGCCUGCCUGCUGCUCAGCGCCAAGAUGAACGAUGUCAAGGGCGAUGCGCUGAAGAGUCUGAUUGAGAAGACGGAGAGUGUGUUUCGCCUGAAUCGCAAGGAGCUGAUAUCGUCGGAGUUUGCAGUGCUCGUGGCGCUCGAGUUUAGUUUGCAUGUGCCGAUGCAUGAGGUCUUGCCGCACUACCAGCGUUUGCUCUACGAAUCCUAGAGUUGGCCCACGCGCUGCGCCGAAGGAUAUCUGACGGCGGCAGCGCAGGCGGCGGUUGCCUUGGCAGCGGCUACCACGCGACAUCAUUUGCGACGCAAAGGCAGUCGCAAGUAGACAGACGAAGAUGCCGAUCAUGAUGUUGCAUACUUUUGGGGCAUGUUUUUGUACUUAUUCUAUUGCAUAUUUUUGGAGGCGGGAUUUUUAUACAUUACAUACGAGUAUAUGAGAAACAAUAAUUAUAUAAGUAUAUCAUCUAAGUUUUGCUACAAAUUAAGUUCACACAAUUGACAAAAAAUUAUAUGAAAGAAAAAGAAAAAAAAAAAUAAUACAAAAAAUAUAGAUAUACAUAUAUAUAUAGUAUAACCCCUCCCUAACGAGACCUCUCCGGUAGUAGGCGCUUAUAUAUGUAUGUAGCUGUUAAGUGUUUUUCUUUUAGCCAGUUAUUUUU